AUGUCAAAAGCGGCCCCAUACGAACAAGUCCCCAUCGUCAAAUCCACCGCCCCAGCCCCGGAAACGCCCUACCAAGCCCGCAUGUUCUUGCAUGUCGGUGCGGCGGGGGUGAUGCUUUAUGGUUUCCAGGCUAUGAGGGCGUCGACGGUUUUUGGGGAUGUCAUGUCUAAUCAGUAUGGAGGGUUCUGGCAGUAUCUCACUAUUCUCGGUCUGACGAUAUCUGGUGCCACUAUGCUCUUGGCCGGCGCGCAAGAUCUCUUACCGAAUGUCCAUCUGAUUCGGUUGAUCAAGAGGACGUUCUUGCUCAUCGCUCUCCCUGUGGAAUUCAUCAUCACUUCCACCUACUGGUCGCUCAUCAUCUUUGCCCCCCACCUCAUGCUCCCCCCCACCGACCCUAAUGCCGCCCAAGGCGCGCCAUCGUCGUCUACGGCGGAGCCCACGUUGUUUAGGAUCCCGCUGUGGAUGGAUAUGAGUAUGCACCUCUUACCGGGUGUUGCUCUGGUCUUUGAAUUCUUCCUCCUCGAAAACAAAUACCGGCCCCCCUUCUCUACCUCCAUCGCCUUCCUCCUCGCCUCCGCAUUCGGCACAUCCUACGGCUUCUGGGUCGAACACUGCGCAGAACAGAAUGGAGGGGUGUUUCCGUACCCGUUUUUGACUAUUUUGCCGUUGGGGGGCAGGGUUGGGGUUUAUGCUAGUGCGACGGGGGUUGCUUGGGCGGUUUUUAGGGGGUUGAAUUGGGUGCAUAAGUAG